GUUUAAAAUUAAUUUAAUAUAAGAUGCGAAAUAAAAUAACUGCUUAGUACCUGUUUCUAAUAAUUCAAUUUAAAAAUGUACUUCACGGCGAUUAAUUAAUAAGACUAUCCUUUAACUUCAUUUCCACGUUAAAAUCAUCUAGUUCUAAGAAAAUGAGUAUUAGAAAACCGUGUUAUAUUUGGGAUCCACUUCUGAUAUCACAAUGUGAUCGUCUACCAGCCGUCCCCACUAGGGCUUCUUUGGUAAAUAAUCUUCUAAUAGCAUAUCAGCUAAACAACAGUUUACAAGUUAUUCGCUCUACACCAGCAAGUUAUGCCGAAUUGAAGGAAUUUCAUUUAGAAUCUUAUUUGGAUCACUUAAAACAUUUUCAGGAAUUAGAAGAUGACUAUAUGACAAAUGAGCAGGAUGAGGAAUAUGGAAUAGGCUAUGAUUGCCCUCCCAUAUCUAACAUGUAUGAACUGGUGUCAGUUAUAGCUGGAGGGUCAGUUACUGCAGCAAAAUGUUUAUUACUCGGAAUUACAGAUGUGGCUAUUAAUUGGUGUGGUGGCUGGCAUCAUGCACAUAGAUUGGCAGCAAAAGGAUUUUGUUAUGUCAAUGAUAUUGUUAUAGCUAUUAACAAGUUAAGAAUUAAGUUUAAGAAAGUAUUGUACAUAGAUUUGGAUGUUCAUCAUGGAAAUGGUGUGCAAGAUGCUUUCGAAUUAAGUAAAUCAGUAUUCACUUUAUCUUUCCAUAAAUAUGAGCCUGGGUUCUAUCCUGGAUCAGGCAGCAUAGAUGACAUAGGCAGUUCUAGUGGCAAAGGUUAUUCAUGCAAUUUUCCACUUCAUGCAUUUUACACAGAUAAAACUCUAGAAAAGGCAUUUGGAAUUGUUUUUCCAUUAGUGUAUUCAAAAUUCAAUCCAGACGCUAUAGUAAUGCAGUGUGGUGCUGAUGGUUUAGUAGGUGAUCCCAAUGGUGGAGCAUGUUUAACUGAAAAGGGUUACACUGCAUGUCUCAACAAAGUGCUGGCUAAAAAGAAACCUUUACUUUUACUAGGUGGAGGAGGUUAUAGCCACCCUAAUGCGGCAAGACUAUGGACAAAACUUACAGCUGUAGCCGCAGGAGUUAAUUUAGAUGAUGAUAUUCCAGAACAUGAUGAUUGGCCUCAAUAUGGACCUGAUUAUAAGAUUCUCAUAGAGCCUAGUCUUACAAAAGAUCGAAAUACUGAACAGUAUCUCAGUGAAUGUAUUGAAAAAAUAAAAUAUAAUUUAGAAAUUCUUGAUAAAGAAACAACUGUUUUGCCGCAAAGAGAAAAUAGGAUAAGGAAUCGGAGAUUCAAAUUGACAGUGGACAACAAACUUACGAGUGUGCAAAAAGGACAAGUGUUAGAAGGUAGUGAUUUGGAGAAGGAUACAAGACUGAAACCUACCAAAGUACAGAUGUUACCUGAAAAAGACAACAAGACUGUAGAUGUGUAUGAUUUUCAAGAAUGAAAUACAGUAAUUGUUAAAGAUAAAAAAUUGUUGAUAUUUUAAGUGACGCCAACUAGGCCUAGUUCAAUAAAAAGUAUGACAUAUUUUUUAAUAUUA